GUUUUUGCAGUCGUGUCCUUUUUUCGACUAGCGUCAGCUUUGCUGGUCCCUUCUCAAGUUUUGAGCACUCCAUUCACAACUGCCAUCCCAUCAUUUGACGUGGACAUUAUCGGGAGAAGUGCUCAGGGACUCAGCUCGCUUCAAACAAAUAAAACAAGAUGCCUGGACCAGCUGCAAGUGCAACCAACGUUGGGGCUUCUAGCCGUUCCCCCAGUAAGACAGUGGCCCCCAGGGCAGCAGGAUCCACAGUCCGGCAGAGGAAAGCAACCAGCAGCGGUACCCGCAGUGGCGCCAGGACCACCGGGUCUGCUGGUACCGGUGGAAUGUGGCGCUUCUACACCGAGGACUCGCCGGGCCUCAAAGUCGGGCCGGUGCCGGUGCUGGUGAUGAGCCUGCUCUUCAUCGCCUCCGUCUUCAUGCUUCACAUCUGGGGUAAAUACACCCGCUCUUAACCCCGCACCCCCCUCACACCUGAUGACGACCGCCUCGGACCAGGACCAAACCGCAGACCCCCCAUCAUCUCCUUCCACUACUACAAAGCAUGGAAAAACUUGUAAGACAUUUUCAACGCUCACGUUAUCGUCCAUGUUUGUUAUCGGCUGCCGAUCAAAGGCCGGGACGUUAUUUCUCCUUGCAGCCUGAAUACUUUUUUCUUUUUUGUUAAAAGUAUUUGUACAAAAUGUGAUUUUUAUUGUACAAUA